UGGUCCCAAACAUUGCAAGAACCAGAGUACCAUGGUGAUGGUGAUGAGCUACCAUUGCCCGGCAAGUACAAAACUGACAUGGAUCUUGGCGUCGCUGCUCGUCCUGGUCAGGACGAUUCAAGUCCGAGCCCAGCUUCCUAAAGGGUUCAUAAACAUCGAUUGUGGAUGGAAAAACAGUAGUAGCUACAUCGACGACGCCUUAGGAAUGCCGUACACUUUCGAUGGUGAAUCUGUCGAGAGCGGUGUGAGCCAUGAGAUGUUACCAGAGUUUAUGGCUGAUCCCACAAAUAAGCAAGAAAAAACCCUGAGGAGCUUCCCCGACGGCUCAAGAAAUUGCUAUACACUGGCAUCCACCACCGGUACGAAGUAUCUACUGAGGGCCACAUUUACUUACGGCAACUAUGAUCGGUUGAACAAGUCUCUGGAUGGGUCGCUAUUUCUGUUUGGGCUCCAUAUUGGCGUCAAUUUCUGGGCAACGGUAAACUUGUCAAAUUGGGAUCCAUCAUUCACGGUAUGGAAGGAGGUUAUCACCAUUGCUCCGAGCAACUCUCUGUCCGUCUGCCUGAUAAACUUCGGUUCAGGGGUUCCCUUCAUAUCUACCUUGGAGCUGAGGCCACUGCUAGAUGCGAUGUACCCUUUUGUCAAUACUUCUGUGUCAGUUAGCAACUUUCAGCGGUUCAGAUUUGGCAAUGUCAAUACUUUUACCACAAGAUAUCCAACGGACUAUUAUGACCGGUGGUGGGAUAGCUUUUCUAUGAGCGUGGUGGACUACUCUACCUCCAUGAUCAGCUUGAACACCAGCAACAACUUGGAGAGCCUCCCCGGCAACAGCAACUUCAGCGUGCCGGCGGCCAUCUUGCAGAAUGCUUCGACCAAAGACACGAACCAGUCCUCCAUUACCAUCAACGUGGCAGCAGGUCCCAAUCUAGGGGCCAAUGACCUGCAGCUUCUCCCCAUCUUUCACUUCACCGAGAUCAACAUGACCAACCCGAACAGGAGGUUCGACAUCUACAGCAAAGAUGUAUUGAUGUUCCCAGACUUCUCCCCCUCGCAAUUACAGGUGCACAGCAUGUACAAGAGCGGGCAGUUCAUGCAGAACGCCGAUGGAUACUUUUUCUUGAACAAGACAUCCAGCUCGAGUCUUCCGCCGCUCAUCAACGCGCUUGAACUGUAUUCUCUCGUUCGUAUGGAUAACCUCACCACUAACUCCGACGAUGGUAAGAUUAAUGUAUAUACUCCACAUGAUCAUCAUGCACUUAACAAUGCUAAUGACCAAGGUCUCACUAUCUAGACAUCUGAAGAUUCCCGACUAUAUUUGACACUGUCACGCGGUCUUCACUAAAGUAAUAGGACCAAGUUUACCAACCAGCUCUUUCAGUUCUACACUCAAGUUCUGAGUAAGACACCUUCUAAAGGUCCAUUAAUGUAUGGAAGACCAUAGUUGAUAAAUGAAUUAGUACGAUUCAAACAGUCAUACGAAAAUAUAAUACUUGCAUACUAUGCAAUGAUACUGCAGUUUCUAAAGUUAAUCUUUUCAUCUUUUGAAUACACCCCCUACCCAACUUAUAAAGCUACUUUACACCGUCC